CGGGGGUGUGGUUGGCUAAUUAGUCCAAGACUUUUUAAGCAGGCACUGGGCAAGAGGCCUUGAAAUGUGGGCCUUGUUUUGAAAGCACAUGGGAUGGUGCUGCUUUGUUUGGCUAUGUGGUGAAUUUGCCCCAGAUGAGGUAGGCCAAGUUUAUUAUUUUUGUUUUGGUUGAAUUGUUUAUUUAAGGGGAUUUAUUUUGAUUGUAUGGGAAAAUUCUGUUUGUUUAUUUAGAUGCAGAUGAAUUGAGUAAUGCUAACUGGGUAUGUUGACCGCUGCCUGUGUAGGUAAAUAUAUGGGCUUUGCUUAGUUUUUUUAAAUAAGAUUGCAUGAAAGGUUUAAUUUUGAAUUUCUCUUUGGAAAGAUGUUUUUGACACACUGAUCUGGAUAAAUGUUCAAAAAACCAACUGAUUGUUAUAUCUGCUAUUUGCCAAUGAAGUGUUUUAGAUGUGGAUAAAACCUGGAAUGCUGAUUGGCUGCUUUUUGGGUAGCUGAUAAAGUUAAGUCGAUUGCUGUUUCUCCCGUGUUGUUUUUGUUUAGUUCCCUGGUCGGCCGGUCUCAGAAGUGUGCUGCAUGGUGGCAGCAAGUGUACAUUGUGAACUGUUUGUGUACGAGUCCGGUUGGCUGGGGUUCUGUUAUCUUUUUUUUCUUUUUGUUUCUUUUUUAUUGAUGACCAUCUUCCCAGCCUUAUGUCAUUAGCUCGACCCGUGCUUGUAUUCUGUGUGUGUAUCCCUUUGGGGUAUGGGAUCCAUGUUUGCUGUGGUUUUCUUUGAAGUUAUGAGUGAAGGGUUAUGUUUUGAGUUGUUUUCUAUUUGAAUUGUGGUGUUUAUUUCCAUUGAUUUUUUUGGUUCUUUCUUUUUACUGUCAUUAAGAAAUUGAUGUUUCCUAAUACCUUGAAGGUUUUCCACACACAACAGAACCAGCUACUAUAGAGAGCUUUGAGCUGGUGGUUAACAUCUUUAAGAGCUGAGAUUAAUUUUGUAUUAAUUUAUUUAAAUAAAUCAUUUCAUGUCUGUUUAAUUGUGUACAUUAUUUUUGCCCUAUCAUUUGUAAUAAACCUUUUUUGUUGUACUUUGAGUAGUCCAAAGGGUUUUGACUUUGUGCCUGUGCAUUAAACAAGGUAUUCUCUUUCAAUUAAUUUUGAAGGGGUGGCGUAGUGCUACAAUUUGGCGUAGUCGGCAGGGCGGAUCAGUAUAGAUGUACUUAUUUCUUUGGUAGGCUGGGAAGUAGGUAGUGUUUUUUGUUUGGUAAUUUUUUUUGUAGGGAGAAACAGCGAUUGACUUCGUGGGACCUUGAUAUUGUCACUGGACAGGAUCUGCUGUUGUGUAAGCUGAUAGUCUGCUGUAGCAAUGGCAGAGGAGCUGGAUAACUUACGGGAACAGUUGGAGCAACUGCUGGUGGAAAAUGAGAGACUGAAACAACAGACACAAAAUGGAGCUUCAGCAGGUGGUGUUUCAAGUUCAACACUUGAGGGUAAUGGACAAAGGAGGGAACAAGCUUUGUACUUGCCUAGGGAGAGAAAAUGUCCCAAAUUUUCUGGUAAAGUGGGAUCUCUGCCUAUUGAAGAUUGGAUUGAAGAGGUGGAAAGUUGUAUUAGAGGGAGACACAUGUCAGAGUGGGACAAAGCUGUGUUUGUUUAUGAUCAUUUAGAGGGGGAAGCUCGGACUGAAAUUAAAUUUAGGUCUACGGAAGUUAGAGAGAACUCAACUCAGAUUUUUAGUGUUUUGCGUGAGUUGUAUUGUUCUUCCUUUUCUUAUGUUACCUUACAACAACAAUUUUUUGAUAGAAAGCAAAAAGAAGGGGAGUCUUUUCAAGAGUUUUCUCAUGCUUUGAUGGAUUUGAUGGAUAGGAUCCGAAAAGCUAACCCUAAUGCUAUGUCUGACCAUCAGGUGGUUCUACGGGACCAGUUCUGUGAGAAUGUUUAUGAUCAUACUCUCCGUAGGGAGCUUAAAAGACUGGUAAGGCAAAAUCCUUUGUGGACGCUUCUUGAAUUACGCAAAGAGGCAAUGCGGUGGGUGGAGGAGGGGCAACCUAUCCGAAAUAGACCUAGUAGAGUAGCUCCUCACUCACUGGAAACCCAAGCUAUUGUUACAUGCGAAGAGAAUAGAAUGGUUAGUUCGGAGUUUGCAGAGCUAAAAGAUAUGGUUGUACGCCAACAAGCACAACUGGAUUUGAUUUUGAAAACCUUAAGUAAUACAGAGGGAAGUUCUAGUAAUGUAACUAGGCCCCCUAGAAGUACUAGGUUCCGUCGAACACCUGAUGGUCAACCAAUAUGUGUUAAAUGUAAUCAAGGUGGCCAUAUUGCUAGAUAUUGUACUAAUAUAGUUCAAACUGGUGUUCCUGAUGUCCCAAACUCCAGUGUUGGCACAGCUUUUGGUGUGUUACCAGGGGCGGAAAACUAGUGCCCCCCAGGGUGCAGAGCCACACGCUGGAGAUGGGGACAUUGGGCUCAGAAUUGGAUCAAGGUAUAGUUUCAAGUUUGGUAGGAUCUUGUCCAACUUUGCAGGUCAA